AUGACCGCCAAAGAAGAUGAUGUGGAUGCGGACCGCAGCGCUCUCUUCACCCAGAUUCUCUCGCGCCUACAGGAGCUCCCGAACUACACCUGGCAUACCGACAUAGCGCCCUUUCAUUCGUCCUACGACAAUUGGCAUUUCUUUGGAAAGCGCAAAAACCCCACCGAACGACCUGUAUCCCGCGGCCGCAGCGCCGGCAACUCUCUUUCGUCCUCGCAUUCUCCCGAUGCUGCUCGACCGCCCCUCAGCCGAAACCAUAAAUCAUCAGGCAGCGAUGCCAGCGAACUCACCAGCUUCUCGCAUUCUACCGACGUGCCAAAAGACCAAUCCGUUGUCUGUCGCGUUUCUACACACACUCUACGGAUAGAGCGUGAGUACCAGGUCUGCAAGAUUAUAAAUAAAAAGUCAGACCCAAAGGCGCGCCACUUUGUACGCCCAAUCGAGCUUGUGAGGCUUCCACCAAAAUCUGGAAACAGCGAGCCGCUGAUCGCUUUCAUAUGCGACGCUCCGGGACCGAACUAUCUUAGGGAGGUGGUCAAAUUUGGUCCCAACGCAUACAGGCUCGCACGCCAAGAGGACAAUAGCUGGAAGAUUCAGCACUUCGAGUACAAGGGCGGCAUCCCGCUGCUUUUAUUCCUGGACUUUGCUGUCGGAGCUACGGAGUGUCUCGAAAUCCUCCAUCAUGGCCACCAACUCGUACACGGAGAGCUACGGGGCGACGCUUUUCAUUUUAGCGAGAAUGGAACUGUCAAAAUGAUUAAUUUCGGCGGUGGAGCGCGGUCCUUUGAGAAUGGUCUUACAUCUGCUGGAUGGAAUGUACUGAGCAAAGAGCUGGGAAUCAAAUCGAAGCUUGCUUUUGUCGCGCCAGAGCAGACCGGACGUAUGCCGGCUGAACCCGAUAGUCGAACGGACAUUUACAGUCUCGGUAUCUUGUUCUACAGCAUGCUUUGUGGGGAGACACCCUUCGAUGGCACCACGCCGCUCGAGGUUAUGCAAAAUGUGCUUAGUAAACGCAUACCGCCCGUCUCCUCCAAGCGAAUGGACAUCCCUGAUAUCCUGUCCUCGGUCAUACAGCGCAUGACUCAAAAGAAUAUUGAGGAGCGUUACCAUAGUACUAGCGGCCUGAAACACGACCUCCUAAGAAUCCGUGAGCUACUGUCUGAAGGCGAUUCUGAAGGCCUUCAGGGGUUCCAGAUAGGACUCAAGGACGUUUCCUGUUUCUUCAACCUACCUCUCAAGCAAAUCGGCCGAGACAAGGAGAGGAACAUCAUUGUCGAUAUAAUCGAACGUGUGUCGAAGCGGCGACGGUUGUCACCGAUGUUUGGCAACCCUCUUAACAGCUUGAGUUCCAGCUCGUCGUUCUCGGACCCUCGUAUAGAGUCAAAUCAGCUAGACGAUAUCAUGUCAGAUAGCACUAGCUCGAGAGGCUCCGAUAGCCGAUUGAAUAGUGCCACAGGAGCGACUGGACCCGUCUUCAUGGAUGCUGCUCGUAAUAUCCAUCACUUCUCACAGGACAGUAUGACCCAAUCAGAAAGCUCGGGGGUAGACGAACACUCGGUGUCUCGCCCGCACAUACAGCCAAGCCGAGGUCCUUCGAGCACUAGCAUAGAAGGCUCACUUUCAAUAUCGCGAUCGAAUCAGUCCGAGAGCGGAUCUCUGAUACGUACAAUAUCGACUGCACGCAGCUCAAAAGUAAGACGACGAGCGCGAUGUGAGAUCAUUGCCAUUGGAGGUGAAGCUGGCUUGGGCAAGUCUAAGCUCGUUCAAAGCAUUCAAUCGACUGCACGCAGCAAGAACAUCCCGUCCUACUUCUCCACAGCAAAAUUUGACGCGUCCAAGAAGGCUCCUUUUGAACCAAUUUUGAAGUUGAUGUCUAGCUUGUUCCGACAGAUCUUCAGCGAGGCUGAUGUUGGUACCGAGUUUCAUGCCAAUCUGCGCAGUCAUCUGAAGAACUCAGGCGUGUGGCAGAUCUUGCAUAGUUACCUUGACCUACCUGAAUGGCUUUUGUCGACUGGUAGCGCUCAGCCUGCGCCACAGCAACACGAUGUACGGAUAGCUAAAGACGACAAUGGAAGAGCAUCGUCGCCAGCGAUACACUGCGGUAGCGCAGGUCACACCGCCGAUGCGUGGCUGCGAAGCGGCGGUGCGUCGAAAUCAACACGGUUCAUGAACGUCUUCAUAGAUGUGCUGCGACUCUUGGCUUUGCAAAAGCUCUGUAUUUGGACGCUCGAGGACGUUCAAAACGCUGAUGCCGAGAGUGCCGAAUUAAUACACCACAUCGCACAAGCAAGGAUCCCUCUAGUCCUUAUUCUUACGUACCAAAGCGAAGAACUUGUUCCGAAGGAGUUGCGUACGCUUUUGCCUACAGCUACCAGGAUCCAGCUUUAUCCCUUCACGGAGGCUGAUACAGCUGAGUACGUGUCAGAGACCUUGCACCGUGAUACAGAAUACAUUCUUCCUCUGGUCGCAGUCAUACAGGAGAAGUCUCGAGGAAACAUUUUCUACAUCAGAGAGAUACUGGACACCUGCUACCGCAAGCAAUGUGUCUUCUAUUGUUGGAAGGAAGGGGCUUGGUGCUUCGAUCUGGACAAAGUUUUCGAUGCUUUCGAGAGCAACGAGUAUGGCUCGUCUGUCAACAGUGAUUUCAUCGAGAAGAGGCUACGAGACUUGCCAGCCAACUCACGAAAGCUCGUGGCAUGGGCAUCUAUACUAACAGGCUCCUUCACAUUCGAUCUUAUACGGAACCUGAUGGAUCCCUUGAAUGCGCCGCCAGACGCUGACACCACACGCAUUCCCUUAUUGCGAACAAAGGACUGCGCAAUCACUGCUCUGAACGGCGCUGUUAGCGCAUUCGUUCUCAUGCCCGCCGAUGAUGAGGACAGGUUCCGGUUCAGUCACGAUCGCUAUCUCACGGCUGCUACUAACUCUCUGGACCAAGAAUGGGACAUCACGAUGAUGCACUACAUGAUCGCGAAGCACAUCUGCCUUGCCUCUUCGCUCGUUAAGACCCGUGAGUCCACCCGGGCUCCAUAUCGCGACGUUCUAUAUCAAGCUGCAGAGAAGGCCGUCGAGUCAGGCGCGAGGUCUACAGCGACGUACUACUAUGUGCAUUGCCUGUCCCUGUUGCAGGAUGACCCCUGGAACGAAGACUUGCCAGACGUCUCGUAUCAGGAGGCGCUGCAAUUGUUUGUUCGCGCAGGCGAGUGUUAUUGGCAUCAAGGCAUGUUUGACGAAGCACUUUCUCUUAUCAGAAAAACCUUCACGCACGCUCGCGACCCUUGCGAUAUGGCUUCAUCGUUCAUCUUGCAGUCCCGCGUCCACGCAAUACGUGGGGACAGUUUCGGCGCUUUCCAAGCUCUGAAGGACUGUCUAUCUUUGCUUGGAUCGCCCAUACCCCCUACUACAUGGGAAGAGUGUGAUCAAGAGUUUCAAGAGCUCUGCGCUCUACUUCAGUCAACCGACAAAGAAGAGCUGUUAUCGCGGCCCCCAACCACGGACGACCGCCAAUUGAUGACUUUAGGUCCCGUUGUGGUCGAGCUGUUAAGCGCGGCGUUCUGGUCCAACAGCCUUCUGUUCUACCAGAGUUCCCUGAAGCUGGUUUCCCUGCAUCUAAAACGUGGUACCGUGUCACAAGUAGCUAUGGGGUACGUGCACAUGGGGUCCAUUGCGGGAGGGAGGUUCAAUAUGAUUGAGUUCGCAGUCGAAUGUGGCACGAUCGCAAGACGCUUGUUCGACAUGUACUCCGACGAUCACUACACGUUAGGUCGUGGCCAGACACUGCAUACGCUGUUCCUGGGUCACCUUGAGGCGCCGAUAUCCGACCUCAUCCCAGAUCUAAGGCAUGCGAUGGAUGCAUCUAUCUUCGCCGGCGACAGAAUAUUAUCCUUGCUGAAUCUUGGGGUCGUAGCUCACUUCCGAUUGAUGGCAUCACACGAUGCCGCGGAGAUCGAGGCUUGGAUCGAAGAUGCACCGUUAGAAUUCAAUAAUUGGCAGCAAGAUCUCCGCGGCGGGGUUUUCCUUGUAUCAUCUCGGCAAGCCGCUCGAGCUCUUCAAGGCAAAACUGGCACUUAUGACGCUUCAUUAAUCUUUACCGACCCCGAACAUGACUCUGCCGCAUACGUUCAGUAUCUCGAAAAGCGUGCGAGCAAUCCGAAACGUCCCAAGACAAUUUAUUUGAGCGCAAAAUUACCCAUAAUGGUCCUCUACGGUUUCAACCGCGAAGCGAUCGCGCUUGGAGAGAUGCUACUGCCAAUGGUCGAUAGCCUGUGGUGCCAGAGAAUGACUUUUUCAGUCAUGUACUACUUAUCACUAGCAUACCUAGCUGUGCUUACAGAAGAACCUGAGCAUCCUGACAAAGAGCGGUGGUUGGGUUACGUCACACAGACCAUCAAAAGGCUUGAGGCAUGUUGCAUGGUCACAGACGUCAACUACAGGCACUGGAUCGCACUGCUUGCUGCAGGCAUUGCCGACAUCACCAAUUCGCCUGAGGCACUGGUCAAUUAUGAGCUUGCGAUGGACCACAGUGAAAUUCAUGGCUUUGCGCUAGACGAGGCUCACGCGUUCGAACUGUACGCUUCUUGGCUUUUGAGGAAGAAGGCUCUCCGACCAGCUCGCCACAUCCUGAAGGAUUGUGUAUCCAUAUAUCGCAGAACCUCUGCGUUUGGGAAAGCCAAUCAGCUCACCACAAAGUACGAAUGGCUACUGCGUGGCACGGCGUCACUAAACACAAUGGACGUCGCCGUGCAGACCACGAUCAUAGACACCGGCAACACCUCUUUCAGGCUCGAACAGAACGAGGAUCACGAGCGUUUUCUAGGUACCGAAACUGCCGUGGACAGGACGCAGGACUGGCUUGCGCCAAACUCUGCCAAGCGCCAAAACACCGAGCACGACUUCCAAAACGGCUUCUCCGUCAACGGCCUCGACAUGCUUGACUUGUCAUCCAUUCUUGAGUCCAGUCAGGUUUUAUCAAGCGAACUCAACAUCGACAAGCUCAUGGCAAAAAUGGCGGAGAUAAUCCUAGAAUCGACUGGAGCCUCGCUAUGCGGCAUCAUCGUGGAAGACGCCCAGAUCGAAUGGUCUGUCGCUACGGUUGCAACCGACGAAUCGAGCGACGAUGGGUCUUGCGCCGUGACCUCGUUCCCGAACGGUCAGCCUCUCGAUGCGAUUGAAGAUGUUAUGGCGAGGCAAGUUACGCUGUACACGCUCAGGUUCCGUGAGAUUGUGUUCUGCCAGAACCUUCUUGAGGAUGACCGGUUCUCGAAUGUUAGUGAAGCGUAUUUGAAGAGAAAUCCGGAUGGUAAAGCCGUCAUCUGUAUACCGAUCAUUCAUUCAGAUCAUCUUAUGGGUUCGAUCUACGUGGAAGGCCCGCCAGAUUCCUUUACCGAGCGGAACACGAAUGUCCUGCGCCUGCUGGUCAACCAGAUUUCUAUCUCGCUUGCGAACGCCCUCCUCUUCAAGAAAGUUGAGAAGGUCAGCGCGAGUAACGAGGCUAUGCUCGAGAUGCAGAAGAGGUCACUUGCUCAAGCCAGAGCAGCAGAGAACAAGGCUAAAGAGGCCGAGGCGAUCGCAGUCAGGAACAUGAGGCUGAAGGAGGAAGCCGCCAGAGCAAAGUCACUGUUCCUGGCAAAUGUAUCCCACGAAUUGCGGACCCCUUUGAACGGCGUCAUCGGUAUGAGCGAGCUGUUGAAGGCCAGCCCAUUGAACUCUGAACAGACUGGCUACGCCGACAGCAUCAGAGUGUGCGCCGAUACCCUACUUAGCAUCAUCAACGACCUGCUUGACUAUUCGAAACUGGAGGCUGGCAAGAUGAACGUCAUCUCCAUGCCCCUUUCACUCAACGAAACCAUCACCGAGGUUGUCCGAGCCUUAGCAUAUACCAAUGCUGAGCGCGGCUUGAAAACUGUCGAACAGCUCGAGCUCAAUCCCGAACUGCUAGUCAUGGGCGACCCUGUUCGCCUUCACCAGAUCCUGAUGAACCUGCUUUCUAACUCCUACAAGUUCACCCAUAGGGGCUCAGUGACGGUGCGUGCGGUAGUCGACAGAGAGAGCGACGAAUGGAUAGACGUUACAUGUAGCGUCAUCGACACCGGAAUAGGUAUUCCCGACGAGCAGAAAAAGAAACUCUUUCUCCCGUUCAGCCAGAUCGAAUCCUCAAGUUCCCGCAGCUACGGCGGCACGGGUCUCGGGUUGAGCAUCUGCAAAGCGCUCAUCGAGAACGUCAUGCAAGGCCGUGUAUGGCUCGAGUCGACGCCCGGCGUCGGCACAACCGUCUCCUUCUCCCUCCGUUUCCAGAAAGUCCGCAAAAUCGCUGGCCAAACCCAGCACCACUCCACGCGCGACACCGACCCGAUGGCGAAAUUCUCCUCGCAAGAAAAUAACGGCCACGAGCAGUCCAGCGAAACAAUCGAUCUGACCACGAUCCCGCGGUCCGACCUGCGGAUCUGCAUCGCAGAAGACAACCUCAUCAACCAGCGCAUCGCGAUUUCGUUUGUCCAGAAACUCGGGUUUAAAUGCGACGCGUACCUCGACGGCUUCAAGACUAUCAAUGCGCUCGAGAGAGCUUCGGACUCAGGGAGGCCGUUCCAUUUGAUCUUGAUGGACGUACAGAUGCCGCAUUGUGAUGGGUAUGAGGCGACGAAGUUGAUUCGGAAACAUAAAGAUCCCAGCAUAAGGAAUAUACUCAUCAUAGCUAUGACGGCAUCGGCUAUCCAGGGCGAUCGGGAGAAGUGUCUUGAGAGUGGGAUGAACAAUUAUCUAGCCAAGCCGGUGAGGGCGCAGACGUUGAAGAGUUUGCUCGAGAGUUAUCUGAGUAAGAGUGAGGAGGACAAGGAAAUUCCCAAUCUACAGGUGGAGGCGAAGAAGAUAGUGAAGGCGGCUCUAACAGAGGCGGACGUCGACGGGGUCAGUGCCGCGAUGGAACGCUCUAGGAUUGUGGAGGAACCGGCUGUGAUGACACCGCCGUUGCCGGAUUUAAAGGGGCAAGAGGAGAAGAGCAGGCCAUCGAGUGUGAGGACGAAUACGACACAGCGGUGGCAUCCGCCCGAGCAGGACAACGGGCGUGGACACACCCUCUAA